GGCAGGUACAUACCCAAGUGCACCGAUGCUGGAAAGUAUGACCCAGUACAGUGUCAUCCUGCGUUGGGGCAAUGUUGGUGCGUUGACAAGUACGGAAACGAACUUUAUGGAACGAGGCAGGAUGGAACGCCAGACUGCAAUAACGUUGGUAAGAUUGUCAAAGAUAUUUUACUGCUGUAUGUUCUACAUCCUCAAAAGCAUUUGGGACAUGCUGUUAUAAUCAAUACAUUUUUGAAAAAUUAUCACACGAAAGGGACUUGGAGCAUUUUGUACUGUUCGAAGCUGUGAUUUAUCUGUUGUACUAUAAUUUUAUCUUUGGUUUACAUUUUAGACUAUUUUUCCACUCCUUUAAAGUCGUCAUUGUACAUUGCAAUACAUUGGACAAAAUUGAACCUCAAAAUAUCCAUAGAAUACGGCGUAAUCUUGUAGGAAUGUACACGUUUUUUCAACAUUCCUAGUUUUUUAUUUACUUCAGGCUUCAAGUUAACGUUGUGUCAGAGGAAGAGAAAGGAUCUCUCUCUUGCGAUUCUUCCAUUUGGACGUUAUAUCCCAACCUGUUCAAAGUACAACUCAUACGAAAGCGUCCAAUGCCAUCCUUCAACCGGAUACUGCUGGUGCGUCGACCAGAAUGGAAACGAGUGGCAAGGUACAAGGCAGAAAGGAAGACCACUAUGUGAUCACACAGGUACGUUGCUUUAUACUAAGCUACAGAAUCGAUUAUCUGCUUUUCUGAGGGAAACAGACUCACAGAAACAAAAUACUUUCACGUUAUGAAUGCAACAUAACUUAACGUUUUCUUCGGCAGCUGGUUUGACUCGAUGUUUGAAAGAACGUUUUGAGGCCUUUGGUCUUGAUACAGUGCCACCACCUGGGCGUUUCGUACCGGAUUGCAAGCGUACUGGAGAGUACGAGCGUCUCCAGUGCCAUAGAUCAACUGGUUUCUGUUGGUGCGUAGAUAAGAAAGGUCAAGAAAUACGAGGAACACGCAAACAAGGC